GUGCGCUUGUGUUUUAUUUCCAUCCGGAAUUGUGUGCGACAGGUGUUCCAGGGUCUCCACAGUGAACAGUGUUUCGACUCGCCUUUUUGCUUUUGCCUUUUUUUUUUAUUAUUUGUUCUCUAGAUCAUUCUGAAAUUCCAGAUUGAAGAAAAAGACUUGGAAAAUACCUGGCGUCUAUCGGUGUCAGCGAUAUCAUCAACCCAAAAUAAAAAUUGUGAGCCUUAGUAAAUCAGUUGAAGGAUCGUUCUCGACAUGUCGCUGUUCUCGAAGAAACGCAAACCGGUCAGUCACGUGACGGGCGAAACGGAUCAUCACCACAACAGCGGUAGCAACGGAUCGUCUUCCCUGAUGGAAGAGACGGUCGGCGGACGCCAUCCGCAUCAUCCACUACCUCCUAUACCCACUAACGGACACCACUCGCUGCCACCGUCCACACCAUCGCGUCAUCAUCACCCGGCAACGAGUAGUAACAGCGCCGCGUCUGUGGCCAAAGUCACGCAACCCAAAUUGGUCUUUCAUUGUCAACAGGCCCAUGGCUCGCCCACUGGACUUAUCUCGGGCUUCACUAAUGUCAAAGAGCUCUACGAGAAAAUUGCCGAAUGUUACGACAUCCAACCGGCCGAAAUCCUUUUCUGCACGCUCAACACCCACAAAGUCGACAUGAACAAGUUGCUUGGCGGACAAAUCGGGCUCGACGACUUCAUUUUCGCUCACAGAAAAGGACGACCAAAGGAAAUUGAAAUUACGAAAAGUGAAGACGCCCUUGGUUUGACUAUCACCGAUAACGGGGCCGGCUACGCUUUCAUUAAACGCAUCAAAGAAGGCAGCAUCAUCGACAGAAUGAAAUACAUCAAUGUCGGUGACCACAUUGAGCGUAUCGAUCAAACCAGUUUGGUGGGAUGCCGUCACUACGAGGUGGCCAAGAUGCUGAAGGACAUCCCGAAAGGCACCACUUUCAUUAUGCGGCUCGUCGAACCCCUCCAGGCCGGAUUCUCCAACAUUGGACCCAGAACGAAUCCUGGAACGGCCAAGAAAUCGUACGGUUCUGGCAAAGAGACACUACGUCUACGAGCUAACGGGCCAGCUCGUGUGGAAGAAGCUCCUGAUAGCGUAGUUGAAGCAGCAGUUGAAAAAAUCAACAGCCUCUUGGAGAGUUUCAUGGGCAUCAACGACGCAGACUUGGCAACCCAAAUAUGGGAGAUGGGCCAGGAGAAGACAAAUACCAUGGAUUUCGCCGAAGCCAUCGACAACUCCGACCUAGAAGCUUUCGGCUUCACCGAUGACUUCAUUUUCGAACUGUGGGGCGCCAUCACGGACGCCAAAGCCGGCCGAUUAAGGAAAUAAAAACUCGUGACUAUAUAAGAAAAUGGAGACCAAGAGAAGAAGAAGACAAAACAAUAAAGAACCAAAUAGAGAAACCAACCUUCCCGCAUUCCAGACCAUUUAAUAAUUUGUAUUCCAACUUAUAUACCGACAGACCUAAUUUCCCUAUAAUAAUAAUUAUUUUUAUUAUUGUUUUAAAAAACACGUUCCUGCAAUUAAUACCCGAGAAAAGAACGCCUAACAUCGUCUAUACUCGUGUUGGCAUUUCUUUCGUUACACCCUUUUUCCUGCGUAGUCGUGAUUGUCGAUUUCAGAUUUCCAUAAUAUCAAAUAACUAAAAUAAUAAUGCCCCCCCCCUCUCUCUCCCACUGUGCUAAUAGUAGUUAUAUAUUUUUUUUUUUUUGAUGCGAGUAUGAAGCAUCCGCCUGGAAGUGGAUAUCCUUGAGCUGAUUCAUUGAUGCAAAAAUAUGUCAAAGCUUUUCUUUUUGAAAAAGCGAAACGAUGGGUACUGCAUUCUUUAAAAACUAAUAAUUAUUAAUAGUGUUCUAUGUGUGUAUGUGCGUGUUUGGGCGUGUGUGUAUGUAACAUAUUUUCGUCUAGCAUCUUUUCUAAAACUGACAGAAAAAAGCAAGAAGGGAACAUGCUAAAUCACCAUUCCAAGAAAAAACAUUCAAAAAGUCCUGUUAUUAGCUGUUAUUACCACAUUAACUGAGUGCAAUCUACCAUGUAUGAAAAAUAGGCAAGAUUUUUAAACAUUCACCAAAUGUUUCUUAAAUCGAGAAGAAAAAAAAAACGAAUGUAUGUCUGAGAAUAAUAGGCGAGUAUGACGACAUCUGGGCGCACAUGUGUGUCCUCUUUCAGAAAAAAAAAAUACCUUUUACUGUUUCUUAUACGUGUGUCGUUACGUCUUUCGUAUUUCAAUGCUGUACCCGUUUGAAAUACAAAGCAUUGACUUGUA